GAAACCUUCACWAACGUAUGCAUUUAACUAUACACACAUUUACUAUGUAUAUGUACAUAUGUAUUUGCAAAUGUAUAUUUGUGCGCACCUCAUUUACAAGACGGCGAAGUCAAGCAACAGGUUUACACAUUGAGGCCACAGAAAAGCAAGCGUAGGCCUACACAUUGCGGCAUUCAAGCGGCUGAGGGUAUGAGAAAUGCAAUUUACUUAUAUGCUUAACUAACACUUAAGGAAGCGAGUAAGCAAGUAAGUAAACGCUCAAGUGCAGGCAUACUUGUGGCAACUUAGAAAUGCGUGCAGGAAUGUUUAAUGAAGCACUAUUGGUGUAAGUGGCUGUGUGUGUAUGUGUGUGAUACGGCAUUGAUACGCUCAUCCUUGACACACAUAUGUAUGUACAUGUGUAUGUGUAUGCAGGACACUAAAACAUUAAAACAAAUGAGGAGUAAAUUAAAGUGUGUUUGUACUAGAGUAAACUGGAGAGCAAGUGAAAGUCCAUUGAGUGCGAAACUUAAUAUUUAUAUUCUACCUCCCUUCUUUUAUACACUACCAUUAUUUAACUUCUUUAGAGCAUGUUAAACUUAUAGCCUGUUAGAUUUGGUUUCCGUCAAAAUGUCUCUAUAUUUCUAAAACUAUGCUUUUCCAAUUCUAACUAACAAUUAAUUUUUUAGAUAAAAAAAAUUAAAAAUUUUCUAAAAUCCUCCUUGCAGAUGGCUGGCGGUGGGGACCCCAAGUGGCAGAAGGAUGCGGCCGAUCAAAAUUUCGACUAUAUGUUCAAAUUGCUUAUAAUCGGCAACUCAAGUGUGGGCAAGACAAGCUUCCUCUUUCGCUAUGCCGAUGACAGUUUCACCUCAGCUUUUGUGUCGACGGUCGGCAUCGAUUUCAAAGUGAAAACCGUGUUUCGACAUGACAAACGCGUCAAGCUGCAGAUCUGGGAUACAGCGGGUCAAGAACGCUACAGAACAAUAACCACAGCAUAUUAUCGUGGCGCCAUGGGUUUCAUUCUGAUGUAUGAUGUCACAAAUGAGGAGAGUUUCAAUUCCGUACAAGAUUGGGUGACUCAAAUCAAGACAUAUUCCUGGGACAACGCACAAGUGAUACUUGUCGGCAACAAAUGCGACAUGGAAGAUCAGCGAGUGAUCUCAUUCGAACGAGGCCGACAGUUAGCCGAUCAGCUGGGUGUGGAGUUCUUCGAAACUUCAGCCAAAGAAAAUGUUAAUGUUAAGGCUGUCUUCGAACGACUGGUGGAUAUAAUUUGCGACAAAAUGUCGGAGAGUUUAGACUCGGAUCCGACGUUAGUGGGCGCCGGGCAAAAGGGACAACGACUGACAGAUCAACCUCAAGGCACGCCCAAUGCGAAUUGUAAUUGUUAAACAUACACAUACACAACACAUACUUAAACACAUACAUAUGCACAUAUAUACAUAAAUAGAUAUAUGUAGACACAAAUAUACUUAAAUAAAUAAAUAAAUGUAAAACUAUAUGAACUAAGUGAGACAGUAAUACAUAUACUUAUAUAUAAAAGGAGUAAUUCUGUUGACUUAUGUUGUCCGGUUUUUGUUGUCUCAGUUUUUAGUGUUAUUGAAGAAGAAGAUACAGAAGAAUAGAUGUAAUUAAAGCAUGUUGCAUGUAAAUGUGCUGAGGCAUAAAGUAUGAAAUUAUUAUAAACAAGCCGUUAAUGCUGUUGAAAAUAAAAUAAUUUGUGUAGAAAAAGCAUGAAAACAAAAAAGGUUGCCAGAUAAACAAUAUUUGCAAGUCUACAAACGAAACUUUAUGAAAGUAACAACUAAUUUAAAGAAGUUAUAAAUAAAUAAUUAAAUAAAAAACAAUAAUUAAAACAAA